AUAAUCUGUCUAUACAGAAAAUCAGUACUUUCUGAUGUGACCCUCGGUUCAGAAUAUGUACACUGAUGAAUAAUUAACGUAGCGAGCAGUGGACAAAAUGGUCAUUCUUUUUCAACGUAAAAUGUUGACAAAUUGCACUGUUGUGUAUACCAAUCAUCUAAAUACACAAUCGAUGGAUUCUGCACGUUUUUUUCAAUGAUUGAAAUACAGAGGAUUUGUCAAUACUAGCUGUUAAAUAAGAGAACAUGAAGGCUUCAGAUUUGAUCAUGCUUGGGAUAUUUUACACAAUUAUUGGACGUGUAUCAGGACAGUCGGGGACAGACAUGAGGAAUCUAUAUACCUACCUCUUUACAACCAGUGGAUACAACAAUAACAUACGUCCGGUUGUGAACCAGAGUGUACCUACACAGGUAUCAGUAGACCUUCUGUUGACGGGCCUUCUUGGGAUAGACGAAGCUAAGCAGCAAAUGGGAUCUGUCGGUACUCUAAUUAUAAAAUGGCGGGACGAAUUCCUCUCUUGGACCCCGUCAUCAUAUGGGGAAGCAAUGUAUUUUGAUCUUCCUCAAGAUCUGAUCUGGAAGCCGGAUUUACAAGUUUUCAAUGGCCUGACUGACUUUACAAACUUGGGUGGAAGUUUUAUGACUGUGCGGGUGUUUAGUACAGGAGAUGUUAUUUGGAUGCCAUAUAAAGUAUUUCAGACUAAAUGUAGGAUUGACGUCACCUAUUUUCCCUUUGACCGACAGAAGUGCCAGAUAACGAUGGUAGCCUGGAACAGUGAUGCAUCCUCAGUGUCACUUACAAUAGGGACAAACGGCAUGCAAAUAGAUGAAGAUAUAAAUGAUGGGCAAUGGACAUUAUCGAGUCCAAAAGCUGAUGUCAGAGUAGAUGAUAACCAGUCCUUGAUAACGUUUGAAUUAAUGUUAAAAAGAAAACCAAAAGUCUUCGUUCUCAAUAUAAUGAUUCCUAUGUUUUUUCUUAUAGUUCUAGAUGUGUUUACUUUCAUAAUCCCUAACGAUAGCGGGGAGAAAAUAUCAUACUCUGUUGCUGUUAUGUUGGCGUUAUCUAUAUUCAUGACAGUGGUGACUAGUAUACUUCCGCCUACGUCAUAUUCUACGUCAUAUCUGGAAAUGUAUAUUAUACUUAUUUUGGCAUUAGGAACUUUGAUACUUAUUAUAACGGCAAUCUCUUUAAGAAUUCAUGAAAGGGGCCAGGAUAGAGAAAUACCUUUUUGGCUACAGAAAUUGACAGUGCUUUCUUGGAAAUUAAAUUGUCGGUCUCGAAACAAUUCAGUUCGGUUUAUUUAUCCGAACAAAAUGGACAGUAUAAGUAACAACGAAGUAGAGAUGGAUGUUAAAAAUACGAAGGACACAAUGAAUAUAAAUAAUAAACAAAAUGAGUCUGUUUUCUGGACUGAUGUUACAUCAGCGGUAGAUUUCUUCAUGUUUUGGAUAUUUUCAUUUAUUAUUUUGAUAGCAUCUGCUUCUCUGCUUGGACUUGCUGCCUCCAGUUAAACUAACGAAAAAUGUAUUACAAGUCAGUUUUAAAUCAAUUCUGGAUAUCCACCUGAUAUAAUGAUGUAUUUUCAUCUCUCUGAUUGUCCUUUGCAGAAAAGUUUUUUUCAUUUAGGAUUGAAUUAGCUACGUCUUGAAUGAUAUUUAAUGUACAUGAAAUGUCUUCAAUUCUCACAACAAUUGUUCAUGUACAUGUGUAUUUUAUAUUAAAUAUAGACCGAGUCUUAGGAUUUUCUGAGUUAACCAAUAAGCUGAAGCAUCCAUGUAUUUCAAUCGUUACCAAGUGUUGCUAUGAAUCUGCGCAGUAAAUAUUUGCAAUAUCAACUGGGUUAACAUAAAAAUCAUUAC